AUGAAGGUCAAGUGCUCCGGCUCUCAGCCUUGCACGCGUUGCGAUCGAAAGAAGCAUAGAUGCAUCUUUGCUGUUGAGGAUAAGAGGAUAUCGGUGCCGGAAAGUUACCUCCGAGAACUUCAGAACCGGAACAGUGAGCAUCCAGGCUCAGACCGCUCGACGAGGGCACUGAGCCGCGGAGACGACGUCGAGGACGUGCAGAGUCGGUAUGCGGAUGCGGAUGCGUAUGCGACGCCGCAUCAUACUUCUCUUUCUCAGGGUGAAGAUAAUGCCGGGCAGUUGGAGACCCCGAGCCAUGACAGCCCACAACCGAUAGGCCCUCCGGCAUCCGAGCCGGAUACUGAGGUAGGAGAUGCUCGUUCGAAUCAGGAGGAUCACGGCGACUUUGGCCCAGGGUUCAGGCAAAACCCGCUGGUGGACAACGAUUACACCUUUGCAAAGGUCGGGGAACGAUACUGGUACAUGGGCCCAACAUCAUCAUGGUCAUUCUGCCGACGAGUUCUGGCCCUCCUGGGCAAACGCCUACCAGAAGCAGCCCCUGAUCCAUGGCAUCUCCCUCACGAGGGCGCCUUCAGGAUGCAAUGGACGCCAUUAGGUGCCACUGAGACUCCCGAUGUCUCCAACCUCCCGCCGCUUGACUACGCCCUCUUCCUCUUCAACACGGUCAAGUUCUACCUUGGCGCCGUCUUCUAUGUAAUUGACGAGCCAUCCUUUCUCAAGAACCUCCAUGAGUUGUACGAGGACCCCGCGGGUAAGGCUAGCUCGGCGAGGCUGUGGUAUGCGCAAUACCUCUUAGUUCUGGCGUUCGGCAAGGCAUUUGUUGUGAAUAGUAUUUCACAUACGGCACCGCCGGGGGUACAAUAUGCUUCGAGGGCCAUGUCAUUGCUGCCAGAUCUAUCAGGACUGAAUCCGGAUACGAUUCCGGCUAUCCAGGCGCUUGCUCUGGCUGCGUUGUAUUUUCAGUGUUUGGAUAUGAGGCUGGCUGCGUAUCAACAUAUCGGACAAGCAUUACGAAUCGGCAUUGUUGAGGGCAUCUACAGACACAUGCCUGAAGAGGUUGUCGGGAUUGAGUACUCGAGACGGUGCAACAUUGUCUUCUGGGUGGUAUACACCCUAGACAGAGAGUUCUCGGCCUUGAUGGGAGCGCCGACCUCAAUUCGGGACGAGGACAUCACUGUGAAACUCCCUUCACAGAUGGACAACUCCCUCGAUGCACUGAAUAUGACCCUUCAUGUACGGCUAUCGCGGCUCAUGGCUCGUAUUCUUACAACUAUUUACGGUGUGGGCAAAGAGUUUGAUGGCUCACUAGUCCCCAAUACCCAAUCUAUCCUACGAGACCUGGCCAGGUUAUCACGAGAUCUUACCGCACUCCUCGACACCCACUUCCAAGGCUCAGUCAGCCGCGCUUCUAGAAUGGCACUGCGACUCAUCCUAUCAUAUCACCACUGCGUCGUCCUGACAACUAGACCACUGGUCAUGUGCGCCCUCCACAUGCACAUCGAACACUCCGACAGCCACGCGCGACACCCACAAACAGUCUCCCUAACACCACCAGUCGCAUCCCUCCUCCAAUCCUGCGUCGACUCGGCGCAAACCGUCCUCCGAACCCUCCGCGUGCUCGGCGACGAAGACCUCCUCGAAGCCUUUCUGCCCUUCCAGCUUGAAGACGCAUUCUCCUCCGCCUUCCUCCUCUACCUCAUCCGGGUCAUCAGCCCUUCUCUCUUGCACGACGAUUCAUGGUGUGAGAAUAUCAAGUGCGUGCUAGACAAGAUGAUUUCAAAGGGGAGUCUCGUGGCGCCGCUGAGAAAGCUGGAGCUGAGUCAGUUGGAGCACAUCAUGUCUGCGUUAACGCCUGUGGGCGAGGAGCCGCCGACGCCACCGCCGACGAGUGCGGCGCAUCACCAUUCUCAACAUCAUCAUGGGCACGGGCACGAGCAUGGGUCAUUCUUGGACCAGAUGGAGGAGGCUGGGUGGGAUAUCUUUGAUACGAGCGGGAUGGGCGGUCUUUCUCCGCAGGCGUUACUGGAUUUGGCGGAGAGGUUGGAUGUGGAGGACUUGAUACAAUCUGUUGAUGGGGAUGGUGAUAGAAGAUAA